CUAGCGGACUCCCGAACAUCACUUGGCCCUCGCUGUCACUCGCGUUCGCCUGGCCGUUGUCAUCAUUGUCCCUCCGCUGUCACCUUUUCAAGCCCCAGGCUGGCUGCUUCGGAAGCCCCUGAUCCCAUGGAGGAGUGGGACGUGCCACAGAUGAAGAAAGAGGUGGAGAGCCUCAAGUACCAGCUGGCCUUCCAGCGGGAGAUGGCGUCCAGGACCAUCCCCGAGCUGCUGAAGUGGAUCGAGGAUGGGAUUCCCAAGGACCCCUUCCUGAACCCCGACCUGAUGAAGAACAACCCAUGGGUGGAAAAGGGCAAAUGCACCAUCCUGUGAGCCCCGCACCCAGCCCCUCUCACACCAUCCUGUGAGACCGUGCCUGGCCCCACUCACACCAUCCCAUGAGCCCCACUCCCAGCCCCACUCACACCAUCCUGUCAGACCACGCCCGGCCCCACUCACUCCAUCCUGUGAGCCUGCGCCCGGCCCUACUAGCUCCAUCCUGUGAGACCACACCUGGCCCCACUCCCACCAUCCUGUGAGCCCCACUCCUGGCCCCACUCACUCCAUCCUGUAAGCCUGCACCCAGCCCCACUCACACCAUCCUGUGAGCCCCACUCCCAGCCCCACUCACUCCAUCCUGUGAACCCACACCCAGCCCCACUCACACCAUCUUGUGAGACCACGCCCGGCCCCACUCACUCUAUCCUGUGAGCCCCACUCCCGGCCCCACUUGCACCAUCCUGUGAACCCCACUCCACUCGCGUGAUAACAGUCUGUAAAGGUGUGACUUUAUAAAGACAUCUCCAGGUUUCCGUC